UAACUCAACUGUCAUUGGGUCAUGUGAUUGUGGUGGUCAUUCUCAAUCACAAUCUUUACUUUCACUUUUUAAACAUUCUCUCCCUCAUUUUUUUCCCCCUUUGUUUUUCCUGUGAAAAUUUCACUUUGCUUAUAGUGAACUGUUAUAUAUAAAUAUUCUCUGUAGUUUUUUGGCCCAUGAUUUUUAUGUUUGUUGGGUUAAUUGUGCUCAAGAGUUGCACAUUUCGUCUUGGUCUCUUUCGCUUAAUUUGGGGACAACAGUGAGCUGUCUAUUCCUUUCCUUUCUCAUCAAAGAGCUAAAGAACAAGAAUAAAAAAUAAAAGGUUUAGAGAAAAAAUAAAAUUUUGUACCCUUGAAUUUUAAGGGAUCUGCUGCGUCUGAAUAAUUCUGGGUCUGUGGCAUUCACUUUUCAUUUUUGAUAUGUAUUGCUUUCUUGAAUUUUCUCACAAAUGUCAGCCUGCUAAAAGGUUGCUGAGAAUGAUGAAGUGAGGAUCUGCAUCUAUCUGUCUCCACCAACAAAAAUUCAGUUUGAAGAUUGACAACUAAGGAGUAUGGAUGUUGAUUGCGGAAAGUGUUGGGGUACAUCAAAGAAGGAUUCUUGGAAGAAAAUUCUGCUCUUAGCUUAUCAAAGUCUUGGUGUAGUCUAUGGGGACCUGAGCAUUUCCCCUCUUUAUGUUUACAAGAACACAUUUGCCGAAGACAUUCAUCACUCGGAGACAAACGAAGAGAUUUUUGGUGUUCUUUCGUUUGUUUUCUGGACUCUAACUCUAGUUCCAUUGUUCAAAUAUGUCUUUGUGGUUCUUCGAGCUGAUGACAAUGGGGAGGGUGGUACUUUUGCCCUCUAUUCCCUAAUCUGCAGGCAUGCUAAAGUAGGUCUUUUGCCUAACCGACAAGUUGCAGAUGAAGCACUCUCCACGUAUAAACUGGAGCACCAUCCUGACAAGAAGAGCAGCUCGAUAGUGAAAUUGUUUCUUGAGAAACACAAAUCUUUGCACACUGCUUUGCUAAUCCUGGUUCUUCUUGGCACAUGUAUGGUCAUUGGAGAUGGACUGCUCACUCCAGCCAUGUCAGUUUUCACUGCUGUUUCUGGCCUCGAGUUAUCCAUGUCUAAGGAACAUCGAGAAUAUGCGGUGAUUCCGAUUACUUGCAUCAUAUUAAUCUGUCUAUUUGCAUUACAACACUAUGGCACACAUCGGGUUGGCAUCGUUUUUGCACCAGUGGUGUUGACUUGGCUGAUAUGCAUUAGUGCCCUUGGCUUGUACAAUAUAUUUCACUGGAACCCACAUGUUUAUAAAGCUCUCUCCCCAUAUUACAUGUUCAAGUUCUUGAAGAAGACAAGAAAAGGUGGAUGGAUGUCACUGGGUGGAAUUUUAUUGUGCAUAACAGGUUCAGAGGCAAUGUUUGCCGAUCUUGGCCACUUCUCAUAUACUGCAAUUCAGAUUGCUUUCACCUUUCUGGUUUAUCCAGCACUUAUUUUGGCGUAUAUGGGUCAAGCUGCCUACUUGUCAAAGCAUCACCAUUCCAUUAACCAGAUCAAUUUUUAUGUGUCAGUCCCAGAAAGUUUGAGGUGGCCAGUGCUUGUAGUAGCAAUCCUUGCUUCCGUAGUGGGAAGCCAGGCGAUCAUAAGUGGAACGUUCUCCAUCAUCAACCAGAGCCAAUCACUUGGUUGUUUUCCGAGAGUCAAGGUUGUUCACACCUCUGAUAAGAUACACGGCCAAAUCUACAUCCCUGAGAUCAACUGGACGCUCAUGAUCCUCUGCAUUGCUGUUACCAUUGGAUUCAGAGAUACAAAGCAUAUGGGCAAUGCAUCAGGGCUAGCAGUUAUGGCGGUGAUGAUCGUGACCACGUGCCUCACUUCCUUAGUCAUAAUCCUUUGUUGGCACAAACCCCCUAUAGUAGCUCUUUGCUUCCUACUCUUUUUUGGCUCUAUUGAAUUACUGUAUUUCUCAGCUUCGGUCAUUAAGUUCCUUGAGGGUGCUUGGCUCCCCAUCCUCCUAGCACUCUUCCUCGUGACUGUCAUGUUUGUUUGGCAUUACACGACCAUCAAGAAAUAUGAGUAUGACCUUCACAACAAAGUCUCAUUGGAAUGGUUACUAGCCUUGGGUCCAAGCUUGGGCAUUGUUCGAGUCCCCGGGGUUGGCAUAGUGUUCACUGAUCUCACCUCUGGCAUCCCUGCAAACUUCUCGCGCUUCGUCACCAACCUACCUGCCUUCCACCGUGUCCUCGUCUUUGUAUGUAUAAAAUCAGUUCCUGUUCCUCACGUGCCUCCAGCUGAGCGGUAUCUUGUGGGCCGUGUUGGACCUGCAUCGCAUCGGUCCUACAGGUGCAUUGUCCGUUAUGGGUACCGUGACGUUCACCAGGAUGUCGAUUCUUUUGAAACCGAACUUGUUGCCAGGUUGGCUGAUUUUAUCCGCUACGAUUGGUGUCGGAGGCAUGAAAGUCUUAGUCCAGAGAAUGGAGAAAAUGGGUCGCAAUCCAGUGGAUCAUCAAGUGAGUGCAGAUUGGCAGUGAUUGGAACAGUGUCACUCUCUGGCAUGCCAGCUUUUGAGAUAGAGGAAAGCGUGCAGCCAGAAAGUCUAUCUGUUGGCUUCCCAACCGUGGCUAGCAUGACAGAUGUCAUUGAAAUGGAGCCCCUUGGUGUUGUGGAAAGAAGAGUGAGGUUUGCAAUCGACAACAAUUCUGAAUAUGCACGAUCUGAACUGAAUACACAAUUGCAAGAAGAGCUGCAAGACUUGUUAGAAGCCCAACAAUCUGGGACCGCAUUCAUUCUGGGGCAUUCACAUGUCAAGGCGAAACAAGGAUCGUCGAUCAUGAAGCGAUUGGCCAUCAAUUUUGGGUAUAAUUUCCUGAGGAGGAAUUGUCGGGGCCCAGAUGUAGCGCUUAAGGUGCCUCCGGUGUCUCUCCUUGAGGUUGGCAUGGUGUAUGUUGUGUAGGCUACAAUUUGUAACUACGAAAGGUCAUUUUGCAAGUUAACCGGAUUGAUGUUAUGCUGUAGAGAAAGCAUGCUGUUUUAGUUGAAAUCUUAUGGUUUUGUCAUCACAUGGAUAAGAAAAUGAGGAGUAAAAUGCCAUUUUGUGGUAAA